AUCCGGAAAAGGACCAAAACCUGUGGCUCUCCCUCUGCUUUUAUAUUCCCCCUCCCUCCGCGCGACCAGCCAGCAUCGUGCAAGCGCACGUACCUUAAACUCCCGCACUCCCACUUCAAGUUCAACAUCGCCUCGCCGUCCACAUCCAUCUCCGGCCGCCCGCACCAUGAACGACUCGGUCGACAAGCUGGUCAUCUUCCUCGCCAAGCGAGACGGCAUCGAUAAGCUCGUCAAGACCUUCCAAUACGUCUCCAAGCUCGUCCACUGGCAUGCCGAGUCCGCGCACCCCGACGUCGCCCAGCGCGCCAAGAACUGGGAGGUCGCCUCGGGCCUGAGCCGCAAGGCUUUCCGCACGGGCCGGUUCCUCACGGGGUUCAACGCCCUCCGCCGGUCCCCUGGCCCAACCCCGGCGUUCCGGCUCCUGGGGGUGUUGGCCAAUGCGGGGGAGAUGAUCUACUUCUUCUUCGACCACAUCCUGUGGCUGUCGAGGAUUGGGAUGCUGGACGCAGCGCUCGCGCGGAGGAUGAGCUUCGUGUCGGCGUUCGGGGAGUCGUUCGGGUACAUAUUUUUCAUCAUUAUGGACUUCAUCAUGCUGAAGGAAGGGUUGAAGGCGGAGAGGGAGCUCAGGAGGAAGGCGAGAGAGAAGGAAGCGAAGGACGACGACGAGGACGACGACGGAGCGAAGGAGCGGGUCGCGAAGAUAAGAGCGGAUAGAGUGAUGCGGCUGAUGGCGGUGGCUGCGAACCUGGCGGACCUGGUGAUUGCGGUGGCGGAUAUUGAGCCGAACCCGUUCUGCAACCACACGGUCACGCUCGGCAUCAGUGGACUCGUGUCUGCAUGGGCCGGCUGGUAUCGGAACUGGCCCUCGUAAUUGAAAGGAUUGUUGAUACUUACUAUUGCACAAAGCAACCAAAAAAAAAAAAAAAAAAAAGAGGAGUUAAAUGGGAAAUGAGAAAUGACUUUGUUUUGCAUGUGCACCUCGAUUUUGGUUUUGUUCAUGGCAACAUUGCACUUGUGGUGGAUGAUUUUUUUGUGGCAUGUUCCAAUUAUUUC